CAUUAUUAAAAACAUUAAUUAUUUUUUCUCUCAGUGCCAUUGUAAAUUCCUCUCAGCAUUAAUUAUCCAUUUUGAAGUAACACUGCAUCAUUUGCUCGGUGUCUCAUUGUUUUUCUACGGGAGCAGUUUUGGGUUUGUAUUCUUGUUGCUGGGUCGAUCAUCCCAUUGUUUGCAAUCGAGCCUGCAAACAAACCCUGCCGCGAGGAACGUCUGUGGAAGCUUGUCAUGGAGGACUUCCUGAUGUCUUGAUGUUGCUAAGGGAUGCCAAAGAUGUUAGGACAUCCAUGUGAUGCUUCUUAAACGAGGCUUCCUUAAAUGGUGGGAAUGUUCUGAAAAUAUACCCUUAUUUCAUGCAUUGUUGAAGAUGGAAACAUUAGUCACACAAGAAGCAUUAUUUAUCACCUGUGCAUACCAUAUUUACAGUAUAUGGGUCGAAAAGCAAAAAGUUUGUUCAUAAAUGCAAAAAAAUUUGGCCAAAACCGACCCCCUUGUACAGUAGAAAUGGUAUCAUUUCUGUCAUGCAUAGCAUCAAAUUCAAAUGAUGAUGAUAAAUGCGUGAAGGAAAAGAACCUUUUGAUGGCAUGUGUGGAUGCACAGUGUGGGAAGAAAAAGAAGCCCUGGGGUACUGUUAACUACCAUCUACAGAGACUAAGCAAAGGAAGACGAUUUGACUAAUGCUAGUUGUGGACCAGUUUUAGCAACUUGUCUAUCUUGCUAGGCCUUAAUGAUGGCAUUUUUUGGCUAACAUUACAAGGUGAUAUAUGGAUGGAGGGCAAUUUUUUCUAUGAUGAGAUUUUGAACCUAGUUCGGAUUUAAAUGGUUUGGACUUUGAAGGUGGUUGACAUACAUUUCAAGAAAUCAAUUUAACUUUCUGGUAUGCAAAAGUUGCCAAAGAAUGCCUGAAAUCUGAGAUUCUAAUUGUGUUGUUAAAUGGUUAUAUGGUUAUACCUCAACUAGUCACAGUUACAUGAUUUUUUAGGGUUUCUAUUGCAGUUUGCUGAAGCUGCAUGCAGUCUUUUUUUAGUAUUGAAUUUUGAACUUAUGCCCUGCCCGGAUCAUGCUAGAUGAGCCUCGUUGAUGGAUAACAUUGUACCUUUUUUUGCCUGUUAAUCAUUUGAUAUUAUUAAUGCUCC